AUGGAGUCAGCGACCAAGAUGGACGACGAGGACGGGACUAGCGACGAUGGCGAGGAUGACGAUGGCGACGAGGACAACCAAGUCGACGACCAAGACGAGGAGGCGGAAGAGGAACAGCCUGUCAAGACGUACAAGCCGGUAACAAAGGCGGAUAAGGAGAGGGCGCAAUUGUUGCUGAAUCACAAAAAGCGACGCAUCUACAAGGCCGUCGUUGCCCGAGAGACUCGGGAGAACGCUGAGAAGGCUAGGCUCGCUGCGAAGGCGAGCGGAAAGGUCUCCAAAGCGGGCGCUAAGGACUCCGCACGGAGGAGAUAG